UCUCAUUUCUUUAUUUGUGCAUAAAUUAUCUUCACACUAGGUACAUGUGAUCCUUGGGUAAUAACACAUAUGAGUGUGAUGGGGUCAAAAGUCAUCUAGGGGUCAAAAGCUCGCAUAUGAUGCUGAAGCGAAGCUACUUCAGAUGCUCCUCCCUUCGGCUGAUCCAAGAAACAUGAAUUUGAGUGGUGAAAGGGUCAUUGAUAUUCUUCAGUCUGGAAUUCCAGAAGUUGAUCCAAUAUCAUUUAUAGAAGAAUAUUAUGGUACAUCUACCGGAGGUACCAGCUCAAUAUCAACGCAAGGCUCCAUCAACCAAGCAGAAGGAGCUGCAGCUGAUACGCAUAAAGAUCAUGACCAAAGUGAGGCUCUCAGUGGUGAAGAUUUAGAGCAGAAUAGUGCAUUCUAUCGAUCCGUGUCUUCAAAUCUGGUUAGGGAGAUGGAAAACCUCUACCCAUUCCUCAAUGAUGUGGAUCUUGAAGCAACGGAUCAGAGAGAUAUUCCUGAUGACCAACCUGUACAGGAGUCUCAAUCUGGAAAACAGUGCAUCCCUUCUAGUCCCCAGCUGCAGAAGCUCGAAUAUGAAGGCGAGGUAAAGCUGCGCCACUCACAAGAUGAUCCCAGGAAAAGGAAGCGAAGAAGUCUACAAGUCAUUGACACAGGCCAGGCUUCUCUUAUAAUCUCUACACCACAAAUCACAGAGAAGGCUGCUGAUGAAGAUUCCAUCAGGCCACUGUCUGUCCCAUCAUCUAUACACACGUUUAACAGAGAAUUAACGACAUUGGAAGAUCUUCGUCAGCUCGAAUAUGACAGCGAGGUAAAGCUGCGCCACUCACGAGAUGAUCCCAGGAAAAGGAAGCAAAGAAGUGUACGAGUUAUUGAGAUAAACCAGUCUUCUCUCGAAAUCUCUACAUCACAAAUCACACAAAAGACUACCCAAACUGAUGAAGAUUCCACUAGGCCAGUGUCUUACAAAUCAUCUAUACAUGAAUUUAACAGAGAAUCAACGACAGUGGAAGAUCUUCGUCAGGUCAGUAGCCAGAAGGUAAAAGAGGAUGCCAGCUGUGAAGAUGUAGGGGAACGUGACGUAAAUGCGGACAGUAUCUCACUUACAUCUGUGACAUCAAAUCUGGUUGAGGAGAUGGAAAACUUGUACCCAUUCUUGCGUGAUGUGACACUUUUUUCGCCAGAUAUCGAUGAUUUCUCUGUCAUCAUGGCAGAAUUCCGAAACGGGCAUUCUGAAAGACAGGGCACCCUUCCUAAUCCUGGACAAGAGAGGUAUAGCACAAACAGUUUGCUGGAAGGACCCUUGACUUUUGAAGAGAUGUUCAGCCAGCCAUACUGUUGUCUGAGGAUGGUGUUACAAGAAAGGUUUCCUUUGGCAAAGCUUCGCUGGUUGGUCAUGUGUCUUCAAGCUCUGACUGAGUCGGUCAAAGAACAGGUCUCACGUAAAAUGGGUGUCGAUGAUUACCAAGUAGGCGGAGAUGACCUGGUACCAUGCCUCAUAUUCUUUCUCAUUAAGGGAGAUCCAGGACAGGUUACAUCCUUAUACCCACAGCUCAAGUUCCUUGAAGACUAUCUCCCGGACGCUGUCGCAGGUGGCAUCAUCGGUUUCACCCUGACUCAAUUCCUUGUAGCAUUUUCUACUAUUAUUCAGAUGGAUGGCGCCGAUACAAGUACAUACAUGUAGGCAAUAGGUCUUUGUAAUAUAUUACAUAGAAAACAAUUUGGAUUUCUAACUUUGUAGGUGCCGUUGAAACUGUCUAUAAAGAACCCCAAAGAUUUAAAUUUGCCUUUACGUUACGGCAGGUGGUCAUUAGAGACAGGUUCUUGCAAACUUGCUCAAAAUAUACAUUUAUCACAUAUUCAAGGAGAAUAGUAAAUAUCAUCUCUGCGGAUAAGUGGUCCUUACUAACAGGUCACUUUUUAUCUCGAUAAACGUUUGGCCAAAGUAAACUUAUCAAUGCAAGUUUACCUAGGGGUAACUUAAGCAAUGCAAGUUAACCUUGCUUCAUGCAGGGAAAACACUCAUCACAUCAUGUUUUUUUUUGUGAUGCCAUGAAUUUUUUUUCACGAGUUUGGACAAAGAAAAAUACACAAGGUUUUAACACAUAUCAUUUUCUAUAGUUUUGCAGUAAAAAAAAAAAGAAUGUCUCUUGCCUGUUCAAAAUUCAUUGAAUUUCAUUUUAUUUUACAAAGAAAUAUUGCUGACAUUUGUCACUGAACACGCUCAUGCCAUGUGUCAAAAAACAUACACCUUUACGCUCCAUAUGAUUUUAACAUUUAAAAUAAAUAAAAUUCCACACAAAUUUAUGAACGAUUUAUGAAUGUAUCAUAAUUAAUAUGAUAUAUAUUUGUGUACUAAAAAAAAUUGUGAAUUCAUACAAUAACUUUAUAUUUCAUAGCUUAGGAAGAUACCACCUUUCAGCAGAAAAAUGAGUACAUAAAAUGGCUGCAUUUCAUAUCUCAUCUGUGUAUAUUCAGUACAGAAAGGGGCAAAGUUAUGUACCGUAACCACUAACAAUAACUUGGAAAGGUUACAGUUUAGGGGACCUGCUUCAUUGACAGCUACAAUUAUGGUAACUGUGCCUUUAUGACAACAACCUUGGUAACAGGACCCAUCAGUCAAUCACAAUUAAGGUUUCCAUGGUAGUAACAAUAGUUACCAUAUUUGUGAGACUCUAUAAAACAGACCCCUGAUCCUCUUCUUCUGAUUGACAAUGCAUGGGAAAGUGAGAGGUUCUGGGGAGCAUUUCAUGAAAGGAGUUUUCGGACUUUUUAUCUGACAAGUCCUGUUUUAUCUGACAGUAAUACCAUGACAGUAGUAGUGCCUCUUAGCCAAACCAGAAUCAAAGGAAGAUCUGACAACUUGUCAGAAAAAAUGUUGAAGAAAAUAUCCCCAGGUUUCAGUACCAAAUUCACAUCCUGAUAAAGAUGCAUAGUCAUUAAUUCUACACAUACAUUUCCUACCACUCUUAUUGAACUAACAUUACCAGUCUUCAACUCUCUGUCAUUGCGAUUUGUUUAUUGACAACAAGAAGUAGCUUUAUUCUUUUUCACUUCAUAGGAAAAAUCGAUAUGAAAGUAGACAUGCAUGUAUCCAAAGUGAUAGGCAAGAUAUCGGAGCUUACAUUCCUUACAAAGUUUGUAAUUUUACUCGUUUAAGAUCAACGUCAAACACUGUGGGCUCAAUUUCAUUAAAAAAUUAUGAUUAAGGUAUCUUUAUCAUCAUUGUAACUACCAGGGAGGCCUGGUGGGUGUUUCAUAAAGCUGUUUGUAAGAUACGAAUGACUUUACGGACAACUGGUGAUCCUUUCUUAUGCUAGAUGAUUCCUUGUAUAAUUGAUUUAUGACCUAAGAACAUGUUCCAGUCGUUCGUAAAGUUGUGCGUAACUUUACGAACAGCUUUAUGAAACACCCACCUGGAUUGUGAUUGGCUGCUGAGCCUCUGAGACUGGCCCCUGAUCAAUACAACAUCCUGAAAUAAAGACAUAAAAAGCAAAUCUUGGAUAUUGUCCGUCUUUCAUAACUGUUUAUACUGUAUUUUAUGUAUUUUAAUGAGCAUUUUCAGUUGGCUUGUGAAAUAAAGAUGAAAUUAAAGGAAAAGAAAAUCAACUGCUUAGAAUUGACUUCAUUUGUGGAGAUAGAAACUAUACUGUUGGGGCAGUUGGGCAUCAUAA